AUGCACACCAGGUGGCGGUUGUUUGCACUGGACCUGAGCACACUGCUGGCUCAACCCGCUUUCCUCCUUUCUACCUCUCCCUGCUGUUCUCCACUCUCUGCCUCUCCCCUCUGGCCCCUCUUUCCCCCCCCUUCAUCUCCCCCCUUCCCUUUGCCCCUCACAUCCUGCCCCUUCUCCUCAACCCCCACAUCCCGCUUCGUGUUCUCCCCCCUCCCCCCUGAACUCAUCCCUCCUCCCCCACGCUCAGGGAGCAAUGCGUCGGUAGGGUGCAAUGCGGCGUCACAUGGUAGCAGGCUGAAGGAGGUGGGGCGUGUAGGCAGUGCUGGGCUGAAGAAGGGUGUGAUGAGGCGCUGCGUUCUAGCGGGACUGAAGGAGGUGGGCACGGGCGGUGCGAGUGGGAGAACCAAAUGUGUGGCGGUGGCACCUAACGUGGAGGAGAUGCCUGGGGCAGGGGAGAGGAGGGCAGGGGAGAGGGGGGCCGGGGAGCGACAGGGGGGCGAGGAGACGAGGGUAGGUGAGCGGCAAUGGGGAGGGGAGAGGAGGGUAGGUGAGCGGCUGGGGGGAGGCGGUGCGCAGCGGGAGGGCCAAGUGUGA